CAGGACCGAGCGCAAGCAGCAGUUCAACGGCUGGAUCAUCGGAGAGAAGUUUUCAAACAGAUGUAGAAAUAACAGGCAUGGACACAGCUUCUGUUGUUGAACAAAACAAUAUGACUGAUACUGGUUCUGCGGUCGAUAUUGACGACAAAAAAACAAAGGCUGAGCACAAAGCUCAAGCACCCGAACAUAGUUUGCCUGACGAUCCUGGCGCAAGUACAGAAUGCGAACCUAUUCCUGGUCAUUCAGGUGCUUUCUCAACUACCCUCGACACACCAUCCUCUGUUCCACAGCAAAGACAGGACAAAAGUAAUAGAACCUUCUUGGAAACAUUUGAAGAUGUACUCAACAGUUCCAAGGACAUGGCUGAGGUUGGAGAACGACUGAAAAUGAAAUAUUCAGAACAAAAACCUGCGGUUAUUCCUGGUCACAUGAAAACGGAUGACGGUUCAUUGAGGAAAGUAUUUGUGGUAUAUUCUCCACACGUAUUGCACGCAAGCAAUCACGAAAAGGAAGGUAUAGGAUUAGUCAUGUUGAGAAACCCCUACAAAGUCGAUAACGAAGCCCGGACAGUGUCACAAAACAAAGGGAAAGAGUACACUAUCCCCAAAGAGGACAUGGAAAGGGCAAAACAAGUCAUUCAAUCACACAGCAAUACCCUAUGGUGUAACCAUAGCAACCUCAAUAUCAUCAGUGUUUCUUCUGUGCGGUCUAAACGUAAAGGAGCAGAACUGGAACAGUGUCUAUGCAUUGUGCUUUACUGUAGUACGAAAGGUGUUGUACCUAUCGGAGAAGAAGAGUUCCCUCGAGAGCUUGAUUCAGUUAGUAUCGAUGUACGGGAAGGCUAUUUUGAACUUGGAGGAUAUAAUACUUUGCCAAGCUCGUCUCGACACAGAGAUCUAAAAAUGGGAUGCAACAUUGGGAAGAUAACAAAGCGUAUUAAAAACGGCGGAGGAUCACUUGGUCCGUUAGUAAACUACAAUGAUAAGAUGAGUUUCCUAACAUGUGCCCAUGUGCUGUUUGAUUUCAACCCACAGAUUAAUUAUAGCGUCAAUGCAUUCAACCGCAUUUAUGUCGCCCAACCUUCUCCGGGUUCUUCAACUGCAAGUGGUGAUAGUUGUGGAUUUGUGCAGAGGGCAAUUUUCAACCCACAGCUACCUACCGGCAUUGAUGUGGCUGUUGUGGCCAUAUCUGAUUCAACUAGAAAACCGAUUAAAGGAAGAUUUGCCAUGGAUCACACUUUCAGAUAUAGAAAUACGGGAUUUAAAGAGCUACCAGAAUACAACAAUGGUUCCAUAGUCCGCAAUAUUUCCGAGUGUGGCACUAGCAACAUGGUUGUCCAGUUUGGAAGCGAAACCCACCUAACAAAAGGUUCUUUGGUCGUUGAUGGUGUAAGCGUGAGACCUCUUUCCACUGUUCUAGGAAAGCUAUUUUCUGCUAAUAUGUAUUGUUUCAAAGAUCAGUAUGAAGUGGAGGGACUAAAAUCAGCUGUUAAUAUGUUUCUUCCGGGUGACUCUGGAUCAGCAGUGUUUAUGCUGAAUGGAACGUCUUUACACUGCAUCGGUAUGUCUAUUGGUCACAUGUCUAACGGAAGUGCUGUAGUAACGCCAAUCGGAGCACUGCUAGAUGCUCUUGGUCCUACUUGUAGAAUGGAAACAUUUUAA